UCGUGUUGUACGCGUGGCCGGAGCUUAAAUACUCGUCGUCGGUCUUCGGGUCCCCACGAUCCUUGAUGGUUUGGUUGAUAUCGGACUGGGCGUGGUCAUACACGGCUGAUCACACUCAGAUGGCAGGUAAGGCCUUAAGUACAGCCAAUUGUCCGUUUCCGUGAGAUUGGAAGCCUUUGUCGUCUGUUCCGCUCCAAUCAAGUCGCCUUUCCUCGCGCUCGACUUCACCUAGAACUCAUAAGCAGAUAUCGCUCUCGAUCAUACAAUUUUGGAAGCUACAUGCUCGCUUUGCUCCUACAAUGAGGUACCUGCCGGCACUCGCAGUCAUCGCGCUGAGCUUAGGCUCUACUCAUGCUUGGGAAUGGCGUGGGGGUGAUGAUAAUGGUGGCUCUGACUCUUCCGGGUCUUCUGGAUCUUCUGGAUUUGGUUCUGGUUCAUCUGGAUCAGGAUUUGGUCCAGGGUCUGCUGGUUUUUCAAUUCCUUUUGGUGGUGACUUCGAAAAUGCUGAACGCAUCAUGAUCGCUCAUGGUGUUCUUGCGUCACUCGCAUUUGUGAUCUUCUUCCCUUUUGGAGCAAUCAGCAUUCGACUUUUCAGCUUCUCUGGAUUCCUCUGGUUCCAUGCCAUUGUCCAAGCGCUCGCAUACCUUGUCUACAUUGCCGCAUUCGGACUGGGAAUCUACAUGGCUGCGCAGAUCCGUCGGCUUGAUGAAGCGCAUCCGAUCAUCGGUAUUGUGCUCUUUGUUCUUAUCUUCUUCCAACCAUUCCUUGGUUAUAUUCACCACCGACUCUUCAAGAAGUACAAGCGUCGUACCUUCUGGUCCUACGCUCACAUUUGGCUUGGACGAAUCAUCAUCACUCUAGGCAUCGUCAAUGGUGGUCUUGGCCUUGAGCUUGCGAACAAUACUCGCAAGGGUGAAAUUGCCUACGGUGUUGUUGCGGGUGUCGUCUGGGUUGUCUAUGUCAUCAGUAUCUUCGUCGGAGAAUCUAAGCGGAGAAGAGACAGAAAGGUAGCCAUUCGUGCGGAGGCAGAGCCAAAGAGAAGCGAUAGCGACUCAAACGACUUCAAUGUGCCAGGACGUUAUGCUUAGUUAGAUUCGUCGAGCAAAUCCCAACAUAGGAUGAGAACUAUGUAAGAUAAGUUUGGCUACCAAACACGAUCUUCCGGCGUG